AUGCUAUCAUCAACACCCUCGUCAACAGCAUCACAACCAAACUACCUCAUGUACGACGAGGAAAAUAAUGCAGCGGAUCAUAAAAUAAAUGAUGAAACAAAUCGUAUGAUUCUUGGUGUAUCUUCCAGUUCAUCUGAUAAUAUUGGAAUGUCAAUUGGUACAACAGGAACAACAGCAUCAACAACAGCAAGAUUACCAGGUUAUUGGCAACAUGCAGCAACAUCUGCUGCUGGAUAUUGGUCAUCGUUAUUUGAUUCAUGGACAACUGGAUCACAGUCACUCUCACUUACUUGGGAUGAAAAUAGGGGAUAA